UAUAUUGGAAAGUUUUGGCAGCCGCCCCCUCCCCCCUCACACACCUACCAUGCAGGCGCUGCAAGCUUUACUCUUAGUAGUGGGCGCUGCGGCUCAAUACCCAAACCGGUUUGGAGCCCCGCCACCCCCACCUCCAAGCGCCAACGCCGGUUGUGCACUGAUUAUUCCAGGGCCCGGCAAAUCGGCGCUGUUUGAUCAGGCAAAUCAGAUUUUCGGCGGCCGGCCUAAUACAUACGAUGGUCAGAAUACAUGUAUCACAUUUGAGGCAGUCAACGCUGCGUUCCUUUCCGCGAGAGAUCGUUUAGGGCUUCCCCCUGUUAAAGGAAAGUUUAGUCCUCAUGACAUUGCUUCUCUUGGGACUGUUAUCUACGAAGCCUCCAGAUACCUGGCUAAACAGUAUGCUCUAUCUAAGGUAGGACGCCAACACUCUGUUAUCUGGAAAAAUUUCAAUCUUUUUAGGUCCAUCGAGGGUUUGUGCAAUAAUCUUGAUAAUCCUCAUUGGGGAGCAGCUAUGAAUGCUCAUCACAGAUUCCUGCCUCCAGAUUAUGCUGACGGGGUUUCCGCACCCAGGGCUUCCGUUACAGGAUAUCCCCUUCCUUCCGCUAGACUGGUUUCUUCAAGUGUUCACAGGGAUGAAGGCUUCCAUGACCACGCUGUAACCAUCCUCCUGGUUGCCUGGGGGCAGUUUAUUGAUCAUGACAUCACGCUAACCGCUGAAACUAAGGACCCUAUAACAAAAAAGACUCCCAAGUGCUGUGAUGGUGGCCCUCAAGCCAAUCACCCCAACUGCUUGCCCAUUGAAAUUCCUCCUGGUGAUAACUUCUACGCCUCUCAUAACCGAAAGUGUAUGAACUUUGUUAGGACUGAGGCUGGUCUUCGUCAUAAUUGCAGACUAGGACCUAGAACACCAACAAAUGAGAUCUCCUCCAUCCUUGACGCUGGAACUGUUUAUGGAAGUACACCUGAAAAACAGGAGAUGCUGAGGCUUUAUAAGGGUGGACUACUGAAGACUCUGCCUGCCUUUGCUGAGUUCAAUAUGAGGGAUCUUCUUCCUCUGAAGCUUCAUGAACCUGAUGAGGGUUGUAUCAGACCCCAAGAAGAUGUUUUCUGCUUUUUGGCUGGUGAUAGCAGAGUCAAUGAGCAAACUGUUCUUGCAAUGGUUCACCUCCUAUUCGUGAGAGAGCACAACAGAAUUGCAGUUGAACUCUCCAAGAUCAACCCUCAUUGGAAUGACGAAACAAUUUUCCAGGAAGUCCGGCAUAUCAUUGCUGCUCUCGUCCAACAUAUUACCUACAAUGAGUUCCUCCCCAUGGUUCUUGGAAAGGAAGUGAUGCAGAGGAAUGAUCUGGUUCUGCUCAAGGAAGGAUACUUUGAUGGAUAUGACAGUGCCACCAACCCUUCUGCUGCUGCUUCUUUUGUGUCUGCUGCAUUCCGUUUUGGACAUACUCUCCUUCCUUCAACCAUUGAAAGAUGGUCUAAGACCCACAGAUAUGUUGGUUCUCAAAAGCUUUCUGAGAUGUUGCAGCAACCAUACGAUCUGUACAAGCCUGGAUGGUCUGAUGCUUACAUGAUGGGACUCAUCAACCAGGUUGCUCAAGCAUUCGACUCCUCCGUCACCCAGGAGGUUACUAACCAUUUGUUCCAAGAACCAGGAAAGAAAUUUGGAAUGGAUCUUGCAGCUCUUAACAUUGCAAGAGGAAGAGAACAUGGUGUCCCCUCUUAUAAUAGAUGGAGAGAAUGGUGUGGACUCCACCCAAUGAACACCUGGGAGGAUCUUCAUGAUAUUAUGCCUAACAACUCGGUCAAGGCAUAUGCUGGUGUGUAUGCAUCUGUUGAAGACUUGGAUCUCUGGUCCUCUGCUGUUACUGAGAAACCCCUUCCAGGAUCACUGGUUGGCCCCACCCUAGCAUGCGUCAUAGGAAGACAGUUCCACAACUUCCGACAUGGAGAUCGGUUCUGGUAUGAGAAUGGAGGAUGGCCAUCAAGCUUCACUGUUGAACAACUUGGAGAAAUCCGCAAAAUGAAGAUGUCCAGAAUCCUUUGUGACAACUCUGAUGAGUUGGAUAAUGUACAAGUUUACGCUAUGGUGCUGCCAGAUCAUGAAAUUAACCCAAGAGUUCCAUGCAAGUCGGGUAUUCUACCCCGUAUGGAUUUGAGUAAGUGGCGUGAUGCAACUUAUCACGCUGCACCUUCACCUUCAUUUGGCUUUGGCAAAUAGACUUUAAAUUGAUUAGAUACAUGAAAACUCAAUUAUUUAAACUUGUUCUUAAUUGGCAUCAAAUCUAAAAAGGGCAUUUUGCUUUUCAAUUCUUUGUUAAUUUAAUUGUAAAUUAGUAACUAGUCAAUCUUGUACAACAAGCCAACUUCUUUGCCGCAACUUAUGUACCCUGGGAGGUACCUAGGCAAUGCAACGUAACCGUACAGAAACGAGAAAUGGGAAAUUGA